CUCAUCUUCACUCACACCAAAAUUUGCCAAUUGCCAUUUCAAUCCCCAGUUUCUUCUUCAACGUCCUCUUACGAGCAGAUCCCAAUUCUCCUUCCCAGUUUCAAACCCUAAUUCCCUCAUUCCCAUGGCCUCAGAAGAGCCCACUGUCGCGGUGGAACCCGCUCCCGAACCUGCCACCGCCGAGCCUCCCCCGGAGGAGAAGGAGGAGCCCAAACCUGAAGCCAAGGCUAAGAAAACCAAGGAACCCAAACCUAAAAAGGUUUCCAGACCACGCAACCCUCCCACUCAUCCUUCCUACGAGGAGAUGAUUAAAGACGCAAUUACCUCGCUGAAGGAGAAAACCGGUUCGAGCCAACACGCGAUUGCGAAGUUCAUCGAGGAGAAGCACAAGCAGCUUCCACCGAACUUCAGGAAGCUUCUUCUCUACCAUUUGAAGAAACUUGUAGCCGCUGGAAAACUCGUCAAAGUCAAAGGCUCCUUCAAGCUCCCACCUACCCGACCUUCUGCAUCUUCUUCUUCUUCGCCGGCGAAGAAGAAGAAGCCCGCACCUGCUAAGCCCCAACCCAAGCCCAAGCCUAAGCCUAAGCCCAAGCCCGCUGCUAAAGCCAAGGACACUAAGGCAACUAAGUCAAAGGCACCAGCUAAGCCCAAGGCAGCUGCUAAGCCUAAAGCCAAAGCUCCAGCCAAGCCCAAGCCCGCCCCUAAACCAAAGGCUGCUGCUGCUGCUGCUUCCAAGCCCAAGCCUGCUGCCGCCAAGCCCAAAGGGACUAAGCCAGCUGCCAAGCCCAAGCCCAAGCCCGCUGCUAAAACAAAGGCUGCUGCUGCCAAGCCCGCGGCAAAGCCCAAAGCGAAGCCCGCCAAGGCUUCAAGGACGUCGACACGGACUUCACCAGGGAAGAAAGCAGCUCCUGCUGCGAAGCCGGCAGCGAAGAAAGUAGCGCCUGCUAAGAAAGCGCCAGUGAAGAGUGUGAAACCAAAGAGUGUAAAGUCUCCAGCGAAAAAGGCUACGGCUAAGAGAGGGGGUAGGAAGUGAGAAUGUGGUGGGUAGAGUGGUUUUAGGGUUAGUUUUGUGAAGUUCUUUGUCCUCUUGGUGGUGUAGUUGGGGUUACAGAUGAUCCUAUAAUAUAUGAAAUCUGAUUUUAUGAAACCUUUGUUUUUUUUUUCUUUUAUUUAGUUUGAAUUUUUUCUUUGGUUCGACCUUAGGGAGUAGAUUAAAAAAAGCUUCUAGCUCUGCUUUUCAGCUAAAUGAGUUAAUCAUAAAAUGUAUCUUAUAGAGUAUGAGGUUUCUCUGCGUUAUAGUACCUUUGAUGGAUCAAUGUAGUAUAAGCACCUUUUUCACAUGAAUGGAUUUGUAGUAUAUGCUUUCUGUGUAUGAA